CGUGUUACGUUGUUAUCGCCGGCUCGAAUUCGUUUCCGCGGCGCGGUGCACGCGAUUCGAAUCACGGGGAACAACACGUCGAGCGGCGCUUGGAUCGAAGAGGAAGGCAAAGAUCGGUCACCGAGAGUCGUCUCUCUAUCAUCCUGCCAAGAAUUUCGAAGAAUAAUUGCACCCGUUCGAGGUCAAGGAGAAUAACGGAGAGAAAGGUAGAGUGGAAGUAAAGUGCGCGUGGAAAGAAGCGGAAGGAUCUGCCACAAGGGGUCACGAGGAAAGAUGUGGCGAUUAAGGUUUUGGAUUUACGUGCUGGUGGUGGCGAUAUCAUUGGCGCAAGUGAGGAGGGUCGUGGCCUGUUCUUGCAUGAAUAGUCAUCCUCAGACGCUGUUUUGCAAUUCAGAUUUCGUCAUUCUUGUAAGAGUGAAGAAGAUGACGAACGUGAACGAAUUCGAAACCGCGUACAACGUGAAAGUGAACAAAUUGUUCAAGACGAACAAGACAACGUAUCCCGCGCUGAGGAAAAAUAUUUUAUGGACCGCAUCCUCGGACUCGAUGUGUGGAGCACAGCUUAAAGUUGGAGAAACGUACGUUGUGAGCGGACGCGUGAUUUACGGUGAUAAGGCGCAUAUAUCAUCGUGCGGAAUAGCGAUGCCUUGGCGUUUCGUGACGAGCAGACAGCGGAAGGGCUUCAGGCAUUUAUAUCAUUCCAGUUGUAUGUGCAAAGUUCGUUACACACCUUGGUGGAUCAAAGGUAUAACUUUGGAGAACACGGACGGCACGGAAUGCCUGUGGGAGAGCAGGCCAGGUCCCGAGGAGUGUCAAAAAGAUUUCGGCAUCUGCAUGUACAGAGAGUCUGGAUGCUAUUGGACACCCUCGGUGCCUUAUAAAAACUGCAUCAAGAAGUAUCAGCUGGAACGCGAGCAGAAAAGAGCGCGAGAACCUUAAUAUUCUUCCGUUUCGAUUCAACACGAAAGUUCUAUGGUUGAAUGAAAGAUUGAUUGAUUGAUUGGUCACGAUGGCGAAAGGGAGAGAGAAAGAGAGAGAGAGAAAGAGAGAGAGAGAGAGAGA